AUGACAGAUCCCAUAGAAAUCGAUAUAUAUGUAGACGGUUCCUCGCGCCAUAAUGGUCCUCUCGUAGAUCCCUACUGUGGUUAUGGAGUGUACUAUGGGCCCGAUGAUAAGAACAACGUUGGGGUAGCAAUGUCUUCAAUUGACUUGGUUGACGAGAAUAUUGCUCCCAACGGUCCAAGAGCCGAGCUUGCAGCAAUACGGCAUGCUCUUCGAGAUGUUCUUGCGUUCAAUAGCAGUAGUGUGAAGCACACUAUCCUAUCUGACUCGAAGUCAUCGGUCGAGGCUAUCACGGUAAGACUGAAAAAGUGGGUCAAAAAUGGUUGGAAAUCUUCUAAUGGAGCUGCAGUACAAAAUCGAGAUCUCAUUAUGGAGUGCUUACAAUUGCAUAAAGAGGUAAAUAGGAAUUAUAGAAGCAACGGAUGGGGCCCAUUGUACCUUUUCCAUGUCCAUGGCCAUAAAGGUGUGAAGGGAAACAUGGAGGCCGACAGAUUAGCGAUUUUAGGAGCUGACAAGGAUAAGUUAUUGAGGGAUGAGAUAGAGAAUAGGAGCUUCACAAAUGGAGAAAAGCAUUUGAAAGAACUUUUAGAAGAAGAAGAAGUACAAGGGUAUAAUAAGAUCGGCUGGUUUAGUGUCCUUUCUUUUGCAUGCUUCGUUUAUACAUUGCCAAUGUUGGAGCGUUCCAAACGUUAA